UCAGUGUCUAUGUAAAGACCUGGAAGGAGGAUUGCAUGGUGGUGGUGAUCCAUCGGACAGCCUAGGCUAAGUGGCCAAGCCAAGCAGAGCGAGGCACACCGUGUGAGGAGGGAAGGAGGAGGUUAGAGGGGUCUAUAACUGGAGAAGCACGAGUCUGAUGUCACUGGGACUCCUCCAAGAUCCCAGAAGAAGAGAGGAACAGAGGAGGAAGAGGGGAUGCUAAUGCAGUGUUGACCCAGGAAGAGAGAGAGAGGGAGUAAACAGAGGAACAAGAGGAGAAUACCCUAUUGGAUAGAGACUUUUUAUGAGAUCCUCCAGGAUGCGGUCAUUAUCAGCAGGGCAGAGGCAGGGUCCUUUCCACCUCCACAGGUUCUGAUCCCAUCCUUCUGGGGGCCGAGGAGGCCUCUUGAUUGGGUGUGAUCCCCUCGUCUUGGGGCUCCUGGAGUUCUAGCGAUGGCUCAUGCACUAAAUGACCCGCAGCUGGGCGCCGGCCCCUCCGAGGACUCGGAACUCUCUCAGAAUGAGUCUGAAACGGCCAGCUUGGUGUCUGAGGACUCCAUCAUGCCAGACUAUGAGAUGAGGCGGGGUGGAGGAGGCACCACCUCUACACUGUACGAGGCCUGUAACAGGAACGAGGCGCAAACCCUACAGAGGGUCCUGGAGAGGGGGGUUACUAAGGAAGAAGUCAUGGAGCUGGACAUCAACGGCAGGAAUGGCCUGAUGUUGGCUGUCUCCAGAGGCUACGUGGACAUCGUCUACGGUCUACACACGUGUCCACUGAUAGACAUCAACCACCAGGACAACGAAGGCAGCACGGCAGUGAUGAUCGCUGCCCAGGCCGGCUACAUAUCCAUCCUCAACUUCAUCCUGAACUACUACCCUAAGGUAGACCUGGAGGUGAGGGACAUCAGAGGCUUCACUGCCCUCAUCAAGGCAGCCAUACAAGGCAGGGAGGACUGUGUGUCUUCCCUCAUAAUGGCCGGUGCUGAUAUCAACGUAGUGGACGAUGUCAAAGGGAAAAGCAUAACAGACUGGGCCCUGAAGACAAGUCGCUUCGAGGUCCUGCAGCGUCUCCGUCGCCUCCAGGCGUGUCCCAUCGCCGAACAGUUCUGCGAUAGCUACGUGAUGGAGUGGCCCGAGCUGAAGGAGCUGGUGGCUAAAGCCAUGGCCCCCAAGAACCUGACCCAGCGUCUGAAGGACAGCUUGACCUUCAGCUUCCCCAACGACCCUCAGGACAAUGGGGUGUUGGACCACAUGGUGAGGAUGACAACGUCCAUCCACAGUCCACUAGUCUCCAUGGGCUGCCGGCCACUCUGCCCCACCAGCCCCCCCGAGGUCGGGAAGAGGCGGUUGGCCGUGCCGGAGCUGAUGGAAAAGCACAGCAGCAAGGAACUGGAGGAGAGCUCCGUGUGUCAUAGUAACGGUGUGAAGUGUUCCUUCACGCCGGCGCCGGCGUCGUCCUCCCUCUUGCUUGCCAACUGCUGCUCAGACACGAAGCGAAGGGGCAGUGUCGUCUCAACGGCUGCAAACGGCGUCCAGAACUUCCUCCCCCAUUCCUUGGCGAAUCGGAACAGUGUCUUCCCGUACGGCUGCAUCCCCACGAUCACCUUCACUAAGUCUGCGGAAAAAACACCCAAGAAGGCGAAGAAGACGAAGAGGCACAAGGGCCACCUGGAGCCUCCAGUCUGGAAGUACAAAUCGGAUAAGCAGGAGAAGAAAAAGGAAAAGGAGAAGUUGGAGGAAGAGAAGGAAGUGCAAGAGAAGGCACUUAAGAUAUCUAAAAUGAAGGCAGCCAAGGCGGCGGCCAAGGCCAAGGAGCCCGCCAAGGCAAGUUAAACUGCCAGCUGUCUGUUUGUAAACUGCCACAGAGUGAGGGCACAGAACCCUGAGAGAAUAGAACGGCCUCUGUGCUGCCAUCUCUUACUAAGUCCAAUCUGUGAUGAUGUCAUAUAAGAGGGACGGGGGGACAGCUCCCCUGUGGUGGCCCCUUUCCGGGGCCAUCAUGGAAGCCCAGUUUCAGCCCUGCAGUGGUGUCUUCAAUAACAUGGGUGGAAACUAGCAUCUGAGCCAGACUAAGACUAAUGGAUGGACUGUUUUUCCUCUUGAUUGGGAUACGCUGUAAGGACUUCCUGAAAUGGCCUGAACAUUCCUAGACUUUACUAGUCAUGUAUCUAUCAAGAGGAAUAUGCUUUUUAUAUGUUAACUUAUUUUGUCGUUUCAUUUUUGGGGAGUCAGUCGUUAGAAAGAUCAGUAGAGUUUGUUUGGGCUUCUGCUUUCUUAACAUACAGCAUGUCUGAAACAACUAACUAUUAUCGAAACUGUGAAGGAACCAGAGCCAUAGCAAAGAAAUGUCAAAUGUCUAUCUGCUCCCAUGCCUCAACCGAUCCGUCAGGUUCCUGCGCCCCUGCUGACCCGACAGGUUUCCGUGCCUCAGCUGGCGUGACAGGUUCUCGUGCAUCAACAGGGGUGACCUGUCCGCUCCUGAUCCCCGGGUUCCUUCCCCUUUGACGGUGUCCUGCGGCUAGAGCUGUGCGUCGGGGGUCGGGGAGGGGCUACUGUCACGUAUACUCCCUCUCCGGCCUCUAGGUCAUCAGACUGCUGAUUAUCCAGCACACCUGUCACCGUCGUCUCGCGCACCUGCGCCUCAUGACACUCACCUGGACUCCAUCACCUCCUUGAUUAUCUUCCCUUUAUCUGUCACUCCCCUUGGCUCUUUCCUCGGGUGUUGUUGACUCUGUUUUCAUGUCGGCGCGUUGUUUGUGCUACGUGUUGUUUGUUUAUUAAAACACUCACUCCCUGAA